GAGUGAAGACUGAUAAGUGGAGAGUGGAGAUUGGAGAGUGAAGGGUGGAGAAUUACAAGAAGCUUAUUAAGCAGAAAAGAGAAGAGACAGCGAUAAGGAUCAAACGAUAAUGGGAUACCCAAGCGUUUUUUUAUCUUGUCCAAGACUGUUAUCAACAUCUCUCCUAUCGACUGGCCAAAGGGUUAAACUGUGAAGAUAUACAUCAAAGUCUUGGAAUGCUUGAAUCUCUUCCUCAUGUUAAUCUACAUUCGGGUAUCCAUGCAAUAUACGAGGACAACAACCAUCCAAUACAUCAAUUGACUGCAGCUCUCGGAACUCACCGAAUUCACUAUCGCAUAUGACCGUUUGGCGGGGUACAUCCAGCCACAUUCCCCCAGACACUUUAUCAUUUAUCCCCUUGCCCAUCUCUCUGCACCCAAAACCAAGCUUUUAAUCGCCUCUCCUAUUUCUUCUUCCUACAGUCUGUCCAACCGAUCACUUACCAAAAGCACCAUCUUGCCAUGUCUUCCCCCACGCCCCCCACAACAACAAAACUGGAGCUCCGCACAGCCUAUGGCCCUGUCUAUCGCGACGUACUCAAUACACCUCCUCGUCCUUGCACAGAUACAGAGAUUCCUAUCAUCGAUCUUUCGAAUAUCAGUUCUCCUAAUUUGAGCGACCGACAAGCGUUGGCUGCAGAGAUACGUGCUGCGGCGGUGGGGACAGGGUUCUUUUAUGUGAAGAAUCAUGGCAUUGAAGAGAUAGUUAUUAAGAAGGCAAAAGAGCAGGCUUUGAGUUUCUUCAGACAACCAUACGAAGAAAAAGCAAAGAUAGACAAAAGUCAUUCCCGUUAUUUCAACGGCUACAUGGGAUUAAAAAGUUCAAACAUAAGCCCCGGAGAAAGUGUAGAUGUCAAAGAAUCCAUUGCCUGGCGCUAUGAGCCCGAAAAUGAUCCAGAUCACCCCCAACCCCUUUCUUCCAUCCCUCCAGAGGUAAAACCCUGGAUCCGAGGCGAAUCCUUCGUCUGGGAAGGAACCUCGCAUCUCCCGGAUUUCAAAACCGACACUCUCGCCUAUUGGAAAUCCUGUCUCUCACUCGCGCGCAAACUAGUCCGAGUCUUCGCUCUCAGUCUCUCUCUCCCAGAAGACUAUUUCGAUUCUCGCGUCACCUACCCCGGAGCCGAUGGCCUUUACAAUUACUACCCGCCCAGUACCGAAGCCGAAAAAGCAAACAACAGUGUAGGACUCGGUUCGCAUACCGAUCUCCAACUCUUUACUCUCCUCUGGCAAGAUAUGAUAGGUGGUCUCCAAGUACUAAACAAAGAAGGGCAAUGGAUUAUGGCGGUUCCAGUGGAAGGAACGAUAGUUGUUAAUAUUGGCGAUUUUAUGAUGAGACUUUGUAAUGAUAUGUACAAGAGUACUGUGCAUCGAGUUUACAACCGAGCAACCGUGGAGAGGAUUUCCAUGCCAUUUUUCUUUGGACUUAAUUUCAAUUGUGUAGAAGGUGUGAUUUCUACUUGUACUGAUGAGAACAAUCCACCGAAAUAUGAACCGAUAUCUUGUGGUGAUUGGUGUCAACUUAGGUUCAAAUUGGAGAAUGAUGAGUUUAAAGAGAAGGCUGCACUGGAAAAAGCACCCAGCGCCGUUAUCGUCAAGGCUUGAGGUUGUGUGAGAAACUACUUUAUGUUGAGCUUCGGAAUUGAGAAGUAAUCUGUGGUUAAUUCCACCACCAUUGGAAAUGCGUUUGGAUAUUUACCCAGGAGGAUCAUUUAUCACGUCGGAAAUAGUAUACCCAUUAUAUCUUCACAAUAGUCAAGAACUGUAUUUAGCUCAUUGAAUAAUUUUUUUUAUCCCAUUUGUUAGGGCGAGUUG